AUGGUGCCAUCUAUUUUCACUCAAAUAAUUGAGAAAGAGUUUCUUGUUGACAAUCACACUUCAUAUCAACUAACCACAAAUGGACACGCAUUUCGCUCAUCGGUUAUUCACCGGCCUGAUCUCUCCCGAAUAGCUUAUUGUAUGACAGAAGGACAAAUGGUUGUAGUGUCCAUGUACGCAAAUUCGUAUGAUAAGGUGGAAGAAGUGACAUUUCGUGAGUAUGGCCUCAUGAAACGUCUUCUGGGAGAAGCAUCGUCGGGUGGUGUGUCUGAUGUGUCAGGGUUAGCAAAAGAAGGAAGUGACUACAAUUCCUCUGAGGAUAUGUUCUACGCUGUAUAUCGUGAUGGUACGCUACGAGCUUGGAAUGCAGAGACUCAACGAGUUCAUUCUACUGAUGUAUGCAAAUUGGAUUCUAUCACAGGCAUUGAUCAGGAUUGCCUGAAAUCUCUCAAUGUGAAAGCGUAUCAGAUAGACUCAUCCGUUAUUUUGGUUGUCCCUGUUCUCAACAAGCAAGAACACCAAGCUCCCGAUUUUCUUUUAUUGUGUCAGGGUGAAGCACUAUUGGAUUUUGGAGUGGUGCAUAAAAACAGUGGCUCCCGUUCUCUCUGGGCAUUGUGGAAUUCGAUGUCUACAACUAAUGAAUACUUUGUUGAACACAUUGAUAUAGAAAUUUUCCCUGCGCGUACUGGAAAAUGGCGGAAGGUCAACACAUUUUCGCUGCCAGACCCUGUUUCUGACGGCAUGUCUGUAUCACAGCUGAAAGAGUCUAUAUUUAAUGUGGACUCUCAUCCUUUUGAGAUCGUUUCCAGAUCUGUGCAGAUCGCAUGUCAAGGAUCUCGAUGUGAGUAUGCGCAUGGGGAUUGGCUCGCUCUGACAGCACAUGUUGAUUCUUACCUUCGUUCGCCUGAGGUGAGAAUUGAUUCAAACUAUGCUCAUCGUGGUAAUCGAACCCUAAAGUCGUCUUCGAGUGAUUCCCAAAGCGAUGCUCGAAUUCAGUUCCGGAAACCAUUGCAAUAUUUUGCCAGGUUUUUCACCUCUUUGGCACGUACCUGCGAUCAGCUGGAAGUAGCUGCUCGUGGACCUCUUGGACUGUUUCUCCUUGACAUGGUUGGAGCGGUUUUGACUGGCAUUAUUCAGCAGGAUCGCUUUUCUGUAAUACUGAAUGGCGAAUCGAAGUUGAUCGACGAAAUGGAGCCAGAUCCUUCUGGGGACAUGAAAAAGAUCCUGUCUGUAGCUAUAGAUAGAGCUGCAGUUAAACUGUUUUUCGCCUUUGAGGAAGAAGACGGCAUGAUAGCGGACGAAACUGAAGUCAGCGAUGGAUCUGCUCACAGUUUCAUGCAAAUGCGGGCAGAAUUAAUAGUGAAGAAGUGGAGCACAAUUAUGGAUACCUUCUUGAACGAUAUCGUUUGCUCUGAUCUCCCUACGAGUUCUACUUCGCAAUCAACGAAUAUGUUCGAUGGAUCUUUUGUAUGCGGGUUAAUCUCUUCAACUUUACGUCAUGUUGUUCAGCAGCGCCUAAAAAUUGCGAAAAGUUUAUUGGCUGUGGUACAGCUUUACGAAGAAGACAGUGCUCGUUUUGAAUAUCAUAUGUUUGACUUUCCUCGCCUUGAGGACGAGCUUAGUGAAUUUAUCGGUCUUUACACUCUCUUUAACGCUCAGCUGUCGCUAAAGCUUACUCGGGACAGUGCCCAGGUAUCGCUUUGUAGUUGGUUCAUGGCUGGAGAAGGCGUUGAAUCAGUUCGCGAUGCGGUUCCAAUUGAUGACCUUGAUGAGGACAGCAAUCUGCCACAGUUUAAUGAAUUCCUUAAUACCGUUGUGAAGGCAUCGUUGCAAAUCCUGUCACCAAAAUCACCUCAAGCGCUGCUAGCGAGAAAUUUAGCUACUCAUGACAAGUACUUAGCGCUUAUGCAAUUAUGCAACACAUACGAAAAGUGCAAGCUUGAAGAACUGCGUCCAGUGGUCACAUUCUAUAAAGCCAUAGCCUAUUCAGGAAUAGGUAAACCAUUAAAGGCGAUGGCUGCUUUUAAUGCUGCUGCCAGAGGUGUCACUGACGGCAGCGAAACCCUUCUCAAAGCCUUGUCCUCAUUCGAAAGGAAAUCAGAGGAAAUGAAUCUAGGCGAUUACUAUGUCAUUGCCUUGCGAUAUCUCAAUAAUCAUCGGCAUAGCGAAGAAGUUAUUGAGAUGGCAAACGAAAUGUCCUUUCGUCCUUUACACCGGCCACACUCACUGUCGACCAUUUAUGCAACUCUCUUCAACCAUCUAAUCAACCAAGGAAAUUGGUGUGACGCCCUCAGGAGCAUCAUCCAAAACACGGAUCCGGAAGUCAAACGAAUGGCUCUCAGUGAGCUCAUCAAACGUAUGUUGCACGCUAACGAUUGGCAAUCGAUAGUAGAUUUGAAUUAUGGAAAGCUUGAAGAAGAGGUAGGAUCUGGAAGCACCAGCACAGUAGAGCGCAGUCUGCUCACUUCUGCGCGCGCUCAAGAAGCAACAGCUCCUAACCACCUAUUCAAGCUUGUGUUCUCUUUCUACAUGAAGCGAAACGAUUUCGAAGGCGCAGCACGAGCUCAAUAUGAAUACGCCUUUGUUUUGCGUACUCAAGCCGAGCAAACGCCGGAAUUGUUACGGAAGCGACGGGAUGCGCUAGCUGUGGCAUCUACCCUUUUGGAUCUCUUGCCUGAAAAUGAUCGCUUCAUAUCAUUUCCUGCUGAGUUCCAAUUGCCGAAGGAAUCUUGUGGAAAUGGCGAGUUAGAAGCGGCACAAGAAAUCACGCAAGAGAUGAUUGAUGUAAACUUGCAUGAUGUUAUCGCUGAUGAGCUUAAUAUACCUACUCCAGUACGACCUUCUACACAACAUCGGAUGUUCAUCCUCACAGCAGAAGCGGCUGCUGAGAUUAUUUACAGUCUAUGUGAGGAAUGCGUGGUGGCGAGUGCGCGUGUGGCUUUAUUGGUAACUGGGGAAGUGCCUCCUACUGAUCCUAAAGAAAUAGUUGAUAAGCUCAUCGCCAUCAAAAACUACGACGUUGCGUUUGAUGUGUGCAGGUAUGGAAUACUAAUUUUUACCGUAUUUUUCCAGCUGGAAA